AUGGAGAAAGAAUUCGCCAUCAACAUUACCAGCGUCUUUAGCAUUGGUCCUGACGCCACACAAAUCGGUGCGGUGGCAUUCAGCGGUCUCACCUACCAUACCAUACUCCUUGACUCACUAACAUCCAGUAAAGAAGUCACAGAAGGCCUGGACGCAAUACCUUACAAUGACAUCAAGAUUGGGAAAGUCAGCACUAACACCUCGGGGGCUCUUCUAACAGUCCGUGCGAGUGUAUUCACAGAUAGUGGUGGAGCUAGGCCUCCCACAUCUGGAUUCCCCAGAGUCCUGAUACUUAUUACUGACGGGAGGUCAAACAUAGAUGAAGAACUGACGGUUCCCUCGGCACGGGCACUGGAUCGUGAUGGAGUCGUCGUCUUUGCUGUUGGGAUCGGGAAGAGGAGGAUAAGGAUAGAGGAGCUGAGGGAAGUGGCGUCACGACCAGAGUUGGCCAGCCUGAUUGACGGGUUUGACGUUACUGAGCUGCAGGGGCUCCAGAGGGUUCUUAGCGAUGAGGCCUGCAGAGCUGCUGCAUCAGUGUUCAUAGAGGAAGAUGUAAUGGUUGCAACACAACUCCUCGGCACCGUGAGCUACUUCCAAUAUGAACUACCAGAUGAGGGGUUGACCCUACGAUUAAACGUGGCAGCGGGACGAGUGGUACUGUAUGCUUCGACGAGAAUCAGGAAUCCCAACUCUGCAGUCUACGACAUUCGACUGGAGACAGACGCAACUGAGGAUGUAUUUGUGAGUCCUGAUGACCUAAUAAUGACAGGGGUUGGCACGGCAAUUGAAGGGAGGAGGAAAAGGAACAUCGAGAAAGGAGAGAGGGAUUCAGCAGUUGUAAUGAUUUUCGUGACAGUUGAAGGUCUGGAGAAGAACAACAGCUUUAUCCUGGAGAGCACUUUUGGUGACACUUCCACCAGUGAGUUUAGUAUUCAUCAGGUUUUUCAUGCAUAUGCCAUUAGAGGGUGGAGAGAGAUGGCGGCCCCAGGUGCUGCACCGACUGAAACACAGCCAGCCUCGACGCAAGCGCAGGGAGUUGCCGCUUUCAUCAACAAAGUCUGGAGCAUUCUGGGCAACGAGGAGUACGCCAAACUCAUCUCCUGGUCCGAGUGUGGAAAGAACGUGAUAGUGCGCGACUACCCGAACUUUUCCAAGGAGAUACUGCCUCACUACUUCAAACACAACAAAUUCAACAGUUUUGUGCGGCAGCUAAAUCUCUACGGGUUCAGGAAGGUGUCUCAUCCAGAGCAGAAUGUUCUGUCUAAGGUACAGGUGAGCGAACCGGUCGAGUUCUACCACCCCAACUUCAGGAGAGGUCAUCGCGAACUACUCCAUCUUGUCCAGAGAAGGCCGGUGAGUGGUCGUGUUGUGACAGAGGAGAAGAGUACGGAGCUGGGUAAAGUCCUGACCGACAUCCACGUCAUGAAGGGGAAACAGGAGGACAUUGGAGACAUGCUGGAGGCCAUGAAACAGGACAAUGCUCACUUGAAGAGGGAGCUGGAAUUGCUGAGACAGAGGCACACCAGACAACAGAGGGUUCUGAACAAGAUUAUUCAGUUCUUGAUUCACAUGGUGUACAAGGGAAGACUACCAGCCAGUGGCAGGAGAGGAAGACAUGACUCUAAGUAUCUAAUGCUGACCGACUCUGAAGGGGCGGCUCCUCCGGCAAAGAGAGGAAGAGUGACCUUUGACCCAUCAAUUACCUACCCUGACUCCCCCCUCGACAUUUCCAACCUUGCUGAAAUUUGUGAUUUGCCGAUCAAAGCCGGUCAAGAUUUAGGUGCAAUUGACUCUGACAAUCCCCUCCUCCCCCUCCCCACCAUCACAUCUCCCCCAUCCUCACCUAAUAUGAACCCUCUACUGGAGGAUAGAUCUACUAACACCCAAUACGUACUCGAGUCUGCACAGCUACCUGCACUGUCUUCUGUAGUGCCGCCCACUGGCACAACCUUACUCAGUCCACCUUCUGCACUCAGCACAACAGCCACCACCAAUGCACUUGCCACCAUCACACCCUCACACCCCUCCCCCUCCUCCUCCCUCUCCCCUCUCCCGUCCACAUCCUUCCCCCCUGCACUCCAACACCCCAACGCACAAUCUGCAGCCAAUACUUCCACCGUGGAGUUUGCUGCCUACCCUGAUUGGGCGGUGGUGGUGCGAGAGAGGGAAUCCCAGUUGGCAAACACUGAAUCACCUCUUGCUGUUUCUGCUACCCAUCCCAAUCCUGCCACUGACAGGAGCGGUCUGAGUGAUCAUUUGGACACCCACCAACAGGAGUUGGAUUCCCUGCCCGAUUUCCUCUCGAAUCAACUGAGUUUCGACCCCACAAUUCUCAACCAGUUUAUCAACUUUGGAGACACCACUGUGCCCAACUAUGACGCAAUUGAUACAGCCCGUCUGUUGGAGACACUCUCCCAGGAGGAUGACGGAGAGACGGCCAUCUUGAGAGAGAGGUCACUGCAGACCGCUCUAGUCCCCUUCUCGUCUUCCCAAUCCAUCCGGGGAGGCCUGCUUCCCAGCCCACCUCAACUACUCGAUGAAGAGGACGAACAAUCUUCUUCCCUAAGAGAACUACUUGAGCUCAACAAAGACACUUGACACAUAAUGAUGCAUUCAACCCCACCAAUUCUCCAUCCUCUGUGCAGAAAAUUAUACCUAAGAGGGUAAAAAAAACCUAUUCCUGGAAUUGUUGAGGUUCAACAGCCACAUUAUAUACCUGUCUGGAGUUUUUGUUUUCACCGAAAGGCACUUGGAGCUACAAUGUUUAAAUUGAAAGUUACUUGACGCUUGAAUAGUUCGAGAGUUGUAAUCAUGGCACGUCAUUUGAAAUCAUGUGCGUAUGGGGCAUCUGGCGUGUUCAGACAAACGCUCUCGCACUGUUGUUUUUGUGGUCCCGCUGUUAUGGUUUACGGUGGGAUGUAAACGUGGA